AGGAGCCUGGUAGGGGAGUAAGGGGCUUCACAAGAGAUCCAUCUCAGCUGCAGGGAUCUAUUCUGCAGACAGCACUUAGAAAAAGCCCCCAAGGCUUUGGGUUCACCAUCAUCGGUGGAGACCGAUCCGACGAGUUCCUUCAGGUCAAAAAUGUCCUUCCAGAUGGGCCUGCCUCGCAUGAUAACAAGAUCGCCCCAGGUGACGUGAUUGUGGACAUCAAUGGGACAUGUGUGCUGGGGAAGACUCAUGCUGAUGUGGUGCAGAUGUUCCAGUCCAUCCCGAUCAACCAGUAUGUGGACAUGGUCCUGUGCCGGGGCUAUCCCCUGCCUGAGGACUCCGGCAGCAGUGAAGAGGCCUCAGGAGGCCUCUGCACCUCCAUGGACACUUCCCCUUCCCCCUCAACAUCCACACCACAGGACCCCCACUACACAGUCCCAGACGGAGGAACCCUCUCUAGACAGACUGCUGCAGUACCACCCAUGACCAACGGGGGCCACCACCAUCACCACCCUCACCACCACCACAUUCCUCACAUCCCCAGCCAAGAAGGCAGUGACACCACACUGUUACAGCCAGAGCUGGUGAGCGUGCCCUUGGUAAAAGGCCCUGGGGGUUUUGGCUUUGCCAUCGCAGACUGCCCUGGCCAAAAGGUGAAGAUGAUUCUGGAUGCCCAGUGGUGCCGUGGCUUGUUGAAGGGCGAUGUUAUCAAGGAGAUCAACAGACAGAAUGUGCAGACUUUGAGCCACUCUCAGGUGGUAGACAUCCUCAAAGACCUGCCUGUAGGCAGUGAGGUCAAUGUGCUGGUGCUCAGAGGAGGUCAGACAUCUCCUGUGAAAUCACUAAAACCAUGCACAGCUCCCAUGUCCCAAGCCAUAUCCCAGUCUACUGCUCAACAGACGCCCCAUCCAUGCUCCCAGCCCAUCACACAGUCGCAGCGACAGGAGAUGAUUAACAGCACAGAGACCCUCGGUCAGACAGAAGGGCCCCCCAAUCCGCUCCCUUUCCCUGCCAACGCUCUGCGCUCGUCUUCACCCAAACCGGAUGCCUCUGAGCUCUACCUCAAGUCCAAGGCCUUGUUGGACAGCAGGCCUCCUAAUACCAAGGAUCUGGAUGUGUUCAUCAAAAGGAACCAGGAGUCAGGCUUUGGCUUCAGGGUCCUCGGAGGCGAGGGGCCGGAUCAGCCGGUGUACAUUGGUGCCAUCGUGCCACUCGGUGCAGCUGAGAAAGACGGGCGCCUGCGUGCAGGGGAUGAGCUGCUUUGUAUAGAUGGUGUGCCAGUCAAGGGCAAAACCCACAAACAAGUGCUGGAGCUGAUGACCAAUGCUGCCCGUAACGGCCAAGUCAUGCUCACAGUGCGCAGGAAACUGAUACACUCAGAUGUUGAUGGAGAGGAGGAGAGCAGUCAGCAGCCCCAGCAGGUAGCGUCCGCCCUGGUCAACAGCUCUCCUAAGAUGCCUUGUGCCGAGUUUCCGAACACCGUCCAGCCUGUUCAGUCCUCUCGGCCAGAGUGCUUUGACGUUACUCUGCAGCGCAGAGACAACGAGGGCUUUGGCUUUGUUAUCCUCACAUCAAAGAACAAGCCCCCACCUGGAGUUAUACCUCACAAGAUUGGCCGUAUUAUUGAGGGCAGCCCUACAGACCGUAUAGGUCAGAUGAAGGUGGGAGACCGUAUCUCUGCUGUCAAUGGCCUGUCCAUUAUGGAGCUGUCGCAUAACGACAUCGUCCAGCUCAUCAAGGAUGCUGGAAAUUCUGUCACCCUCACUGUUGUGCCUGAAGAUGACAGCGCUCCUCCAUCUGGAACAAAUUCAGCCAAGCAGAGCCCUUCGGCACAACACAGAGCUGUGGGCCAACAGCCUCCCAGCAAUCCAGACAGGAAUGGUGACACUGAUCUAAAAAACUCUCUCCUACCAAAAGAGAUGAGAACACUCAUCAUGUCAGGCUCUAAGCAGGACUGUUUUGUGGUGGAGCUGGAGCGCAGCCAGCGGGGCUUCGGCUUCAGUCUGAGAGGAGGGAAAGAGUAUAAUAUGGGCCUUUUUAUCCUGCGACUGGCUGAGGAUGGACCUGCUCUUAAAGACGGCAGGAUACAUGUUGGAGAUCAGAUAGUGGAGAUCAACGGCGAGGCCACCCAGGGCAUCACACACACUCGAGCAAUUGAGCUGAUCCAAGCAGGAGGCAAUAAAGUUCAUCUGCUGCUUCGACCUGGCCAGGGCUUGGUCCCGGAUCACAGUUCAAAGGACAAAGUAACCAUUCCAACCUCAAGCUUUCCCAGACUUUAUGUAUCUGAUGGGCAGUCAUCUCCAGCUUCUCCAUCCUCUGUCUCCCUGUCUACCUCGGAACUGUCCCCAUCUUCACCCAAAACAACCGCCACUGAUGAGUUCUCCUGUGGGGAUCACACUGCAUCUGGGUCCCCUGGCACUGGGCAGGAGCAUGGUAGGCAGGCUAACAGACCCAGAGGAGAGCAGUACAAGCGUACCACCAGCCCCAGCACCCAGACCAGAAAACCAGGCAGGAGUGACUCCAAGCCAGCUAGUCCCAAGAGAGCCACUGAAAGCUGGGAAGAUGAUGUUGAGCGCUCUCCGAGCCCCAGAAAAACAGAGCGAGGCCACAGCGGAUCCCUGGAAGAUAUGAGCAAAGAGAGGAGAGCCCAAGGGCAAAGAGACCACCGCUCAUCUAGCCCCAGGAAGACCACCAAGUGGGAACAUGAUCCUGCUGUGCCUUUGAUGAACCUUGUGGAGCCCCAGAGCCCCAGGCGUCCAGCUGGCCAACAGCCCAGCAUUGCCUAUGGAGAAGGGAAGGACAGAAGGUACAAGGAAGAGGAUGCAGCCUACUGGCAGGAGAGGGGGGCUACAGAGAGUGGAGACAAAAGCUUGGGUACCAGUGAACGCCACAAGAAAAACAAAAGGGCGGAGCAAGAGGCAGCGGCACAAAAAUCCCAUUCCCAAAUGCACAGGGACAGGGCAGGGUCGGAUGGUGAUAGUGGCACCCUGAGCCGGAGGAGUGGAAGAGAGAAGGGGAAUAAGGAAUAUCGGGAAAGCAAGUACCAUGGGCUAGCCGAAGAAGUGAAUAGAAAGGACCCCAGAGGUUCGAGCAGUAGCAUCCAGGACCCCAGCUGCAAUGGGACCUCUACCAGCAAGAAGGCUCCCAUCACCCCUGGUCCAUGGAAAGUUCCCAGUUCUGCCAAGAUCCAGUCCCAGGUGGACACAACUUACGCGGAUAACUAAUAUCCUCAUUGGAUUCUCUGCGUACAUUAAGAGAAAGCUGAGCCUCUGAAAGAUGGAUAUUCAGAAUGGGAUUUUGUUUUUAGCAAUCUUGGACAAAGCAGAUCACUGUGCAACCAGCAACAUAGCUUCUCAUUGCUUAUGAUUUUGUUUUUCACCCAGUUUGCCUCGGUCAGUUUGCAUCAAGCUGCUGAUAUAUAAUCUGACAUGCGUGCUUGUACCUACACGAGUAUUUGUACUGUACGGUAAUGUGUGGAUGUGUGUGACAGGUCGGGUCUGAGUGUGAUUUUUGGAUGUGACACUUAAGUCUAUUUGGUGCCAAUCAGGGACUCCGGUUAUAAAGAAGCUGCUCCGUAUUGCACUCACUGUGAGACUGUUUUUGAGUAAUGAGAUGAACUGCUCUUCCUGUCUUGCCACCUCGAUGAAGGAUCCUUAUUUUUCCACUUUGAAGGUUUAAGACAUUUUCAUGCAAUCACUCUGCUUUUUCUGCUUCCUGGCAAGAUUGAUUCACUGUUGUUGUCACUGAUGGAUGUACUAAAAAGUGAGGCUGGUGAGUUUCUCCUUAAAUCGGCUGCAAAAAGGUCUUCUUCUUAGUCAUUUACUGUUUGUUUUUUGUUUUUUUGCAAGCCCAACUUAGGGUUGUGAACUCUAUGCGUGACUGUAUUGUACACAUGAGAAGAUGAGAGCUUUAUAUACAUCAAUGAGCAGACCAGAUACUUGUGGUUAUAGUUCUAAUGUUUGUUACAUGUGUGUUAAUAAUAAAGCAUAAUGUAAUUUAUUGAAAUUAUAUGUAAACAAACCUGUUAGCAUACAUAUCCAUUCUGAGUCAUUUCACUUUUGAUGUGGACUUCAUGACAGAAAUAGAAUGUGUAGAAAAACAUCACCAUUAAAAUACUAACACUAUAAAAACGUCAAUCUAUACAUUCUAUUUCUAAUAUUUCAUGGUCUGUAAACAGUGACACGAGCCUGAUUCAUAAUGUUGUCUACUGUUAGCAGCUCUGUAUUUUAGAUUCUCUGGCUAUGUGUGUAUGUAUACAAGCUGACUAGUAGGCCUAUGUAUUUUAGAUAUUGCUGUAGCAUCGACUAUACUUAAUCCAAAACAUAUAUUAUUUAACAAAGUGAUUACAUAUAUACUGAGACAUAAUUUAGAUGAGUUGAAUUAACAGAGCUUGAUUGUAAGAAGUGAGACCUCUGCCUUCACCUUAAUAAAACUUUAAAAGAUAAUUGAAUUUUUACCAUCACAAAUGUAGGCACAAGUUUUUUUUCCUGCUCAUUUUACCCUCAAAAUCUAUUUUAUGAUCAAAUUUUCAAUUUAGUACAUACCCAUUAAUGUGAGAAAGAUGUACAUUUUUACUUAGUUGUUAAUCCUUACCAAUCAUGGCAAGUUAGUGUUAUAAAUAAAGCCAGAUUCCCUAAGAAUGCAGUUUAUUUUGGUGCGUAAUGCAUAAUGUGAAAAUGGCUUGACUGCUUCUUUGGGAGUCCUAUUUGAAAUGACUCUGUAAAGUUUAACAAAUUUAAUGAGACAGGGAUUUAAGUCCCAGAUGAAAAUGUGGGAUUAGUGGUGCACUGCUCUGAAGACAUUUUUGUGUUGUUUCAGUGUUUCUACUGUGGAGUACAGAGACAUCUAGUGGUUCAUAAAUUGCUAUUAAGAAACUAGUCAACUAGUGAACUGUCCCCUCAUCAGCUCCUUUAAGGAUGUACAGAAGUAACAGGUGCAUCUAUUGGUCCGGAAGAUUUACUAAUUUAUUGUCCACUUUAUUGUCGAUACAUGGGCUACUGUAUUAUUUACUGUUCAUGCCAUUACCAUGUAUGAUACUGUGGGCCUUGCAUUGCUCCAACACAUAUAUAAAAAGGAUUUUAGUUUGGACAUCAUGGUAGUUGUAAAUGUUUAUAAAUUGUACAGCACCUGUAUAAAUAUUUGCCUUCAUGCAGAAAAGAAUCCUCUGUAAAUCGUUUCAUUAUUUUUUUAAUGGAAGUGAGAGGAAAUGAGAUAAAAUGAGUGAAAGGAAAUAAUCUGGUCAUGGCAUUCUGUUCAUGCACUGAUAAAUAAAGGUUUACUGAAUCAACGUG